AUGGAGUUGUCAGGAGGAGUAUUGAGUUCAUCAAUAUUGUUGAUGUUGGUUUUGGUGAAUGGGUGUUGGGAGCAAGAGAGAAUCGCUCUUUUGGAGCUCAAAGCUUCCAUCAACCACCCAAAUGGCUCUUCCUUGCCAUCAUGGGAGGGUGAAGGAACUACUGAUGAUUGCUGUGAAUGCGAAGGUGUUGAGUGCAAUACCACCACACUUCGCGUCAUCAAACUUUCCCUUAAUUUUACAAGGGAAUAUGGGUUACGAGAUUGUGCAUCUAGCAAUAUCAGUAGCACUACAGACUUUCCCAACUUCCUCUACUACCAAAAGGACCUUCAAAUAGUUGAGCUUUCUCAAAUUAACUUUGAUGGGAAGUUUCCAAAUUGGUUGUUGGAGAACAAUACAGGAUUGGGCCAUAUUCCGAGAAACAUUGGUACAGCUUUUCCAGGUUUAAUGUCGUUAACCAUGUCCGGAAAUAGAUUUGCCGGUAAUAUUCCCUCUUCAUUUGGUUAUAUGUCUUCUCUACAAACUCUUGACUUGUCCAAUAAUCAACUAUCUGGUGGAAUACCGGAGCAAUUGGCCAGGGGUUGCGUCGCCUCGACAUUUUUGAAACUGUUCCAUAACAAUUUGCAAGGCCCCAUUUUGCCAACAAAAAAUAUCGUGACUGUGUUGGAAAUUUUAUUCCUAGACCACAAUCUCUUCGCGGAGAUCUCGGAUAGCUUGUCCAACUCUCCUUCUUUGGAAGUUCAGGCGUGA